AUGGAAAAUGCAGUCGAACCAGAGCUACUUCAAAUCACGAGCCUUCCGUUCGGGCUGUCAUCUGCACCCGUGACGUUUGCGAUGAUAUCCAACUGGAUUGCACAAGUAUUUCGCAACAGAGGCAUGAGAGUGAUUGUUUAUCUCGACGACUUCCUGAUUGUCAACCAGAAAAAACAUGUUUUAGCAGAUCAGGCUGCGGAAGCCGUUCGAAUUCUAUCUACACUGGGCUGGACGGUGAAUUUCAAGAAAUCAGUUCUAAUACCGACUCAAGUCUUAGAAUAUCUGGGCGUGACAUGGGACCUCAGUCGAAACUUAAAACUGUUUCCAGUAGAAAAGAGACUCAGAACACAAUCAAAGAUCAAACGUAUUAUGAUCUUGAAUCAGUGGAAUCUCAAAGAUGCCCAGAGCAUGUUGGGCACAUUAAACUUCGCCUCGUUUGCAAUACCAAGAGGUCGGCUUCAUUGCCGCCCACUACAGAUGGCUUGUGCUCGUUUACCGAAAGACCGGCCGUAUGCGAAGUGUGCGCUCGACCAAGCAGUCUUAGAAGAGUUCCACUGGUGGUUAAAGGCGCUCUCGGCGAGCACGCCUAUUCAUUGUGCUCCCAUCGCACAUUUCUUGACAACCGAUGCGUCCGGCACAGGCUGGGGCGCGGUGAUAGACGGCAUACGAUUAACCAGCGGUAUUUGGAACCCCGAUCAGAAACUAUGGCACAGCAAUCUGAAAGAAAUGUGGGCCAUAAUUUUCUCCAUUCACACAAAUAUCCAUCGACUUCGGAAGUCGAGUGUACUAGUCCAGUCGGACAACAAAAGCGUAGUGAGCUAUAUAAGAAACGAAGGCGGAUUACGUUCGAAAGCUCUUUUUCUCAUGACACGGACGCUAUUCCAGAUAGUGGACGAGAACGAGAUACAUCUUGUACCUUACUAUUUACCCGGACAGUACAAUGUGGAGGCCGAUACUCUAUCACGACAAAAGGCCGAAGCAGAGUGGACACUGACUCCAGAAGCUUGCCAGGUGAUAUUCCGUCGAUACGGAACACCGCAGAUCGACCUCUUUGCAUCGAAACGUGCACACCUCCUACCACGACAAUCCUCGUGGAAAUUGACCACAGCUGGCAACGACACCAUAUGCCCAGUCUUUUGGAUACGUAAACUGAUUGAAGUAUCAGCUCGAAGAAGGGGCACAGACCUGACUGAUUUAUUUAUAACCGCACGAGGCGGUGUGCGAGCAGCAUCCCGCACCGUGCUGGGCGGGUGGGUGAAGUCACUGCUGCGGGAGGCGGGCGUGAGCGCCAGCGCGGGUAGCACGCGAAGCGCCGCCGCCUCGUUCAACUGGCUCGACAACUGUCCUAUCGACGAGCUCGCUUGCCACCAGGCGAUAACAAACACAUCUCACUCUAUAGGUCUCGAAUAA